CUGAUAAUUAUCCCAUUCAAACAUUGGUGAAUAUGUCCCUCAAUCCAAGUCGACCUUCUUCAUCAGAGUUGGUGGAACUUCAUGUUUUUUAUGUCCCUGAAGGAUCGUGGAACUAUAAGUUAAAUACCAUUUCAAUAGAAGUUGCUAACAAAUUCAUUUCAGCUGGAUUUAUAAGAGUAUCUCCUCACCUCACUUUACAAGCCCUGCGGGAGCGUCUCAGCAAGUUCCUUGGUGAAGAUGCUGUUGCAGAAAAAUUUUUAUUUCUGAAAUGCAUUGGAAAUAAUCUAGCUGUGGUAAAGGCAAAACAAGAAUCAGAACUGAAACUCAAAUCAUUUGCUUCUCCAUAUGCUCUUCAACCAGGAUUAUAUUUGCUUCCUAUAAUGGAUCAUUUAGGAAAUAUUUAUUCAACAUCAACUGUUUCUUUAGAUGAGCAGCAGACUCAUAAUGGUGUUGCUAAGGCUGAUGGAAUAAUCCACAGACCAGUUAGUGUAACUUUGUCAAAGGAAGAACCUAGAACAACAGAUCCCAGUUUUUUAGAUAACACUUUGGAAGAACUUCUUAACAAGAAUCAGGAAGAAGCUGAGGGAAAAGACACUCCAAAAGAAAACCAGCCUGGAAAAAACCAAUUUGGAAAUUCUGAAUUGCCAGGAUCAUUGGAUGAUUCAAAUGAUUAUUUUAGCAACAAAAACAGUCAAUUUCUUUGGAAAAAUGAAGAUGAUAGAGUUAAUAUCAUUAGAAAAGAUGACAGUCAGAUAGGUAAAAAAGAGUGCAUCACCAUGCCAGAUCUUAUUGAUUUUCCUUCAUUUCCUUGUCAAUCUGCCUUGACUCCAGGAACAACUGAGACCUCUUUAUUACAGAUUGAGAGAGAGAAGAUUAUCAAACAAAUGAAACAAGUAAAGGAAGAAAGAAGAUAUUUGGAAAGAAUUAGAGAAGAACUAAUGAGAAAAGUUGAAAAGCUAUAUGAACAAAGCAAAUUAAAGCCAUAUCACGCCUAUGAUGGUUGGAAGAAAAAGCACUUUGAAACAAAGAAAGUCACAGCAUCAUUGGAGGAGGUUUUAACAAAACUUCGAGAAGAUUUGGAACUUUACUAUAAAAAAUUGCUCAUGCAACUUGAAGCCAGGGAGAUCAAAAUGAGACCAAAGAAUCUGGCAAACAUCACAGACUCUAAGAAUUAUCUUAUAAUCCAGAUCACUGAGGUACAGCAUUCAAUUGACCAACUUAAGAGAAAAUUGGAUGCAGACAAAAUGAAUCUCAUCAUAGAAGUUAAGGUAAUUUGCAUUUCUCCUAAUCAGGUUAUAACAUUUAUCCUGAAAUAGAAUAUUUUGGUGUUUUAACUUCGGGUGUCAAUAGCAUAAAGGUAGUAAGGAUUGACCAUCUUAAAAGUGUUCCCUUAACAAAACAGAUCACGAGUGAAAAAAAUUCAAUAACAACAAGUAAAUCCUGAAAAGAUGCAUCUUAUAACAAGGCCAAAGUAAAAUUUAGGAAAAUUCCCGUAAAAAUUAAAACAAAAGGACCCUGUGAAUCAGUAUAAAGUCUCCCUAAAAUAUUUAAAAGAAGUGGUUUUCAUGUAUUGCAAUCAUUUGUAAAUAUGCCUGACAAACCACUAAGUCCUCUGAUCUCCCAUGGAAUUUUUUUCCCCUCUCUCGGGCGAUUAUCUUAUUGUCUCUGAUUAUUUAUACACACACACACACACACACACACACACACACACACACAUAUAUAUAUAUAUACACAUACACAUAUAUAUAUGCGUUUUAUAUAUAUAUAUAUUUGAAUGCUCUCAAUUCACCUCUUUAUCAGAAAUAGCUUUAUGACACAGAAUAAUGACCCCUUUCUGGAAUCAGCACUGUCCAAGAGAACUUUCAGCGAUUAUGGAAAUGUCCCAUACCUGCUCUGGCAGAUAUGGCAGCCACUAGCCAAAUAAGGAUACCGAGCACCUGAAAUGUACCUUGCUGGGUGACUAAGGAACUGAAUUUUAAAUUGCAGUUAAUUUAAUGCAAACAGCUGCAUGUGGCAAUUGGCUACUGUCCUGCACAGCACAGUUCCAGAUUCUUUUUUCUAGCAGCAUUCUAAUGGCUGAGCCCUGGCUAAGCUCUAAGCACUGAUAAGCUUAAAAUAAAAUACAGAAAAGGAAAAGGACAAAAAACAAAUUUUAACAAAAUGUGAGCAUUUAGCAGUUAUACAGUAUGCACUCAAAAAAUUUAUUCAUUUGAUGAAUGAAAAGUGUGUAUACAAAAAAAGGAGAGAGCAAAAUGGGAAAUGUGUACAAAAUUGGGUGGGAAAAGGGAGUAAUAGAAAUGCCCCAGCGCCUUCAGCUAUGACUCUUUCGAUGCUCUUUUCUUCUGGAAAGCCUGCACAUUACCUCUUACCAUCUUUGUAUAUUUUAACCUUAUAAAUGUCACUUAUGAAUGGUUUGAACCCGUAUUAGAAUAAUUAGUACAAAAACAGGAAACACUAAUAGGAAAAAAAACACACCAAGUUUUCAGCUUACAGACUGGGGAAAAAGAAUCCUACUUUUAACCAUAGUGCCUGAUUGGCACAUAGUAUGUAUUACUGAUUUGUGAAUAAUUUGCCCAAAACUUACCUAUGAGAUUCAGAACUAGGAGGCAGAAAACCUAGCCUGAGCCUGUUGCAAGCAUAUUCAAGGUACGAUAGCAUAAGUAGCGCCUCUAAGUUUAAUAUGCGAUCACAUGGGGAUUCUUUGGAAGUUCGCAGGAUCUAAGUCAAUAGGUCUGGAGUGAAGCCUGAGAUUCUUCAGCCCUAAGAAGGUCCCAGGUGAUGCGAAAGCUUCUGGUCCACAGACAACACAUGGAAUAGUAAGGGUUCUGGCACCAGAUGGUUUGAGUUUGAAUCCUGGCUGUGCCGCUUGCUAGUUUUAUACCUGGAGUGAGUUACUGAACUUCGAGGCAUCGCUGUUACCUCAGCUGUAAAAUGGGGAUAGUGAUAGUAUCUGCCUCAAUAAAAUUUUUGAAAGAAUCAAAGAGGUUAAUCCACUUAGAAGAGUGCUAGCCACCGAAUAACACUUUUUUUUUUCUU